CACAGUGCCACGUCAGCAGUGCCCCGCCACCAUGACGGGCUCAGCUCUGGGCAUGCCAGGCCAACUGGCCAACGAGUCCAUUGCCGAUUACAAACAGCGGUUCCAGACUCAGCUCGCACUGAUCGAGGCGGAGGAACAGCGACAGAUGGCAGCCGAGGCUGUCCGCCUACAGGCUGAAGUGGCGGCAACAGCUGAGAAGCAGCGACUUCAAGCCGAAGCUGAAACAGAUACCCAGGCACGCCGCAAGGAGGCCCAGGAUCUGCUACAGCGGCAUGCAGCCACCAGCAUAGAAAAGCUCAAGUUUUGGCACUUCGAACCAUCCGAGAAGCGUGACGACGCGACACCGGAGGAGCAGCACAAGGAAUUCAUGGCCAAACUCGUGACUAGGUUGGUUUACACUUGUAACCACCUGCAGUCCGAGCUGGCGAACCUCCAGUGGGCCCUACGGAACCACAAGCCUCAGCACGAGGAUGCAGCACGGGCACUUGAUUCCCGUGUACAGGCCUUGGAGCAAACUGCACCAAGAUCGGAGGCUGGCGAAUCCAGCAGUGCACCCUCUGCCCGCCAACUGGAGGAACGAGUUGACCACGUAGUCGCAAUGCUCGGCGACAUCAGUACCUUCGCUGCACCAGCCACCAUCAGCAAUCAGCUGGACACCUUGAAGACCGAGGUUCAACAACUGCACCAGCUGCCUUACAAGGAUGGCAACACUGUGCAGCAUUACAAGAUGCCGACAUUCCAAAUCGACAAGUUCGAUGAUUAUACGCAUCAAGACCCGGUCUUCUCGUGGGAGGGCUUUACAACGCAACUUCUGAUUCUGUUCGUCGCCAAGCACGAGUACAUCGCCACGCUGUUCCUCAACUCAAAGGGCGGAUGCCAGAUCUGGUUGAGCCACCUGGCAACCGUCCACGGCGUCGACAUCGCAGAUCUGAAAGAUAAGAUCUCUUGGGAAGAGUUAGCACGGCUACGGAAGAAGCGGUUCAUCGUGGACGGCGCCCCGGCACUCGCCAUCAACCGCCUCUUCACUAUGACGCAAGGCAACACAUCGACACGUGACUGGCUCACGGAAUGGCAAAAGAUCGCGGCAACACCCGAUCUUGACUUGUCAUUUUCGCAUCUGCGCCGCGAGUUCUACAACCGGUCAUGUGUUGCCUUGAGCCUUGCACUUGGUGAUCGCGAGCAAUACGCAACCUUCGAUGAAAUCAUCGACAAGGCAAGGGAGAUCAUCAAGACAAAUAGGGCAGCUGCACACGAGAAAUCAGCAUGGCAGCCAACCUAUGUGGAGAAGGUGAAAACUGGUCCGCGGCCGCAGCAUGUCGCUCCAGUUCAAUCGGACAACAUUGUGGAAGACCCGGCAGCCACCCAAGCUUCACGUGAGGGAGAUCAGGUGGCUGUUGUCCAGCCGCGAAGCAACAACAAGUCCCGAGGAAACGGGAAGGCGAAAACCGCACCGCCGGCCGAAAACGGACAGCCAGCACCAUGGGUCAAGUUUCACUUAACCGAGGCGGAAUACAAGUGCUUGGCAGCUUCGCCACCAUCUAUAGCCGGGGAUUCGACGAUAUGGUCAAGACUUGAAGAGCUCGACCCGUUGACGUUUGUGGACUUCCAAUCGAUGCCUCUUCCCCGGUCUGGUCGAUUGUCGAAACCGCAUUGCAACGUGCUCAUGGUACAAUUGCGGGAUUACUUGCACACUGCAAUACCAACUCCUUUGAUGGACGCCGGAGUAGAGGUUGUCGACCUUCACGACUACGUUGCGAAGAUCGACUGCGAAUUUAAGACACAACGGCACGACGACAUCGACGCACCAUUGUUUUACAUACGCAUUCAGAUCGGAGAGGCGACCUGCAGCACUUUGAUCGAUUGCGGAGCUACUCGCAACUACAUGAGCCAAGACUUUAUGGUACGCACAGGCCUUGGGCCACGCGUUCGGAGGAAGUCACAGCCCACGMAAGUCACGUUGGCUGACGGUCACACGCACAASUCAAUCGACUGGUGCAUUGAUGYCGUCCCCGUGUACUUUGCCCCKCAUGCAAGCGAGGYCGUGUCCUUCGACAUUUUGGACACCAAGUUCGACAUGAUCUUGGGCAUGUCAUGGCUGCUAAGCGAGGAUCACCCGGUGAACUUCUACCGCCGCACCGUUCACGUUCGUGAUCGGAACAGAGUACUAGUCCCAUGCACGGUGCCUCCUCCUCACCCUUCGACCGCCGCAAGCAUUCGAGCUUCCAUCAUCAGGGAUGACAUCGAGGAGAUGGGGGUGUGUUUUCUCCACGCCCUCCCGCCCCAUGACGCUUCAUCGACGGACUCAGCUUCGGACCCACGCAUCACCGAGCUUCUCGACGCCUACGGCGACGUGUUCGAAGGCCCGCACGGAGUAGUACCGGAUCGGCCCAUCCGCCACGAGAUCAUCCUCGAGGACGGGGCUGUACCUCCGCGUGGUUGCAUGUACCGAAUGAGCGAAGAAGAGUUAAGUGUGCUACGGGCACAUCUCGACGAACUUCUGGAGAAAGGCUGGAUUCGGCCUAGCUCAUCGCCAUACGGUGUUCCCGUUCUCUUCGUUCAGAAGAAGAACAAGGAUCUGCGGUUGUGCAUCGAUCAUCGCAAGCUCAACGCGCAAACGAUGAAGAACGCCGACCCUCGUCCACGCAUCGACGACCUCCUCGAACGGCUGGGCGGCGCCAAGUUCUUCUCCAAGCUAGACCUCAAAUCGGGAUAUCACCAACUCGAGAUCCGGCAGGAGGACCGCUACAAGACCGCGUUUAAGACGUGAUAUGGGCAUUUCGAAUGAUUGGUUAUGCCAUUUGGCCUGACGAAUGCCACGGCCACAUUCCAAGUGGCUAUGACAACG